CUCGACUAUAAAUACCCAUUAACCCUAGCUUCAUAUCGCCCCAAUUCACUCUCAACUUCCUGCGCCGUCGGCUUCUGCACACUCUCUCUCGCUCUUCGUGGAUAAUCCUAAAUUGGAGUUCUUUUGAGGAUAAGUUGGUCUAAAAUGAGAGGGCGGAGUUACACCCCAUCACCCCCAAGAGGCUACGGUAGAAGAGGGAGGAGCCCCCCAAGAGGAGGAGGUCGUUAUGCCAGUCGAGGUGAUGCUCCAACCAGCUUGCUAGUUCGUAACCUCCGGCAUGAUUGCAGGCCAGAAGACUUGAGAAGGCCAUUUGGACAGUUUGGCCCUAUCAAAGACAUUUACUUGCCGAGGGAUUAUUAUACUGGUGAUCCACGGGGUUUUGGAUUUGUCCAAUAUGUUGAUCCAGCUGAUGCUGCAGAGGCUAAAUAUCAGAUGGAUGGACAGAUUCUGCAAGGGAGGGAGCUCACGGUUGUUUUUGCUGAGGAGAACAGGAAGAAGCCAAGUGAAAUGAGAGCCAGAGAACGAGGAGGAAGCCGAGGUCGUGUAUACGAUCGAAGGCGAUCUCCUCCACGCUAUUCUCGCUCUCCCAGGUAUUCCCGAUCACCACCUCCUCGGUACGUGAGGUCUCGCAGCCGUGAGUACUACUCUCCUUCGAGAAGAAGGUAUUCAAGGUCAGUUUCACCUCAAGAAAAAAGGUACAGUAGAGAGAGGUCAUACACUCGGUCUCCUGCACGGGAGCCCUCCCCUCCACCAUACGAUGGUCCAAGAAACCGCAGUGUAAGUCCUCCUGCAAGGGAACGGUCUCCAUAUGGGUCGAGGAGCAGGUCCCAAAGCCCAGAGAGGGCAAGAAACCCGAGCCGCAGCAGAAGCAGGAGCCCUUACCCCCCAGAAUACGCGAGAGGGGAUCAUCCUGAGAGGGGAAGGUCUCGCAGCCACUGAGAAUCUUCCUCUACAAAAAAAAACACAUGUGCGCACGAUUCUUCUUUCUCUUACUCUUUAUUCGAUCGUGUCGUGUUUGUGUUCUUUUACCAUUUGACGACGGGAUUUGGCUAUUUGCUUCGUUUAUUUUUACUCGUACUCCCGGAUCUUGAAUCAGUUUAGGUCUCUGGAUCGGUGUUUACAUGUUGGUUUUCGAACGAUGAAUUCAUCCUGUGCUGUUUAUGGUUGUUUACCGUUGGAACGGAUCGUCGCGUGUUUUUAUUGCU